AUGGCGGAUGAACUCCCGUUGUGUUUUCCACCCGAUAGUAGCAUUCUUUAUUUCCAAAAUCUAAUCGAAGAAGCCGAACUUCAAGAGACGAGCACAUCUAACCGAAGGAGAUAUAUUGCACGUCAACGUGAGGUGGGGCAUGAGACACUCCUGGCGGAUUAUUUUGUCGAAGACCCGAAAUACAACGAAGAUAUUUUUCGGCAUAGGUUCCGUAUGUCGAAACGUUUGUUUCUAAAAAUUGUGAGCGACGUGGAAGCGAACGACUCGUGGUUUCAAGAGGCCUUCGAUGCGCGAGGUAGGAAGGGCUUUAUGCCGCUGCAAAAGGUUACAUCGGCUAUUAAACAGCUCGCAACUAGUAGCACUCCAGACGGGAACGACGAGUACUUUCAUAUGGCUGAAAGAACUUCCCGCGAGUGCCUAGAAUAUUUUUGCGACAAGGUUUGCAAAAUAUACGCUCCGAGUUCUUACGUAGACUGGCAAGCCACGACAUGGCACUUUUAUACGAAGCUCAUGAGGAAAAACAUCACCUUCCAGUCGAUCCCCUACCCUCACGAAGUAGACGAAAAGAAGUUCAAGAGGCAACAUGAGGCGGCAAGAAAAGACGUCGAACGAGCUUUUGGUGUUUUGAAGUCGAAAUGGGGUGUAUUGAGUCGGCCGAUGCGAGCAAGAAGCGUUAGAAAAAUUAGGAAUGUUGUGUACACGUGUAUUAUUUUACACAACAUGAUUUUAAAAGACGAAGGAAACGCGAUAGCACCGGUACACAUUCGGGAUCCUCUGGUCGAGCCCACUCUAGACGAUACGGUGUUGGACGAGCUGAUGGAUGAAGACACGCAUUGGAGACUAAAACACGAUCUCAUGAAUCAUCUCGCAAGUCAAGAUUUACCCCACCUUUUGGUCGAUUCCGACGAAGACUAG